CCUUGCCUGUGGCAACUGACAGCACCUCCCAGCCUAGCAGGCCGGCGGCUGCUCACCCAGCCAGUCAGUUGGUCUGGGCACUGCAGCAGGCUGGGCUCUGUCCCAGCACUUGUCUGGGAGAAAAGUGGUGUUACUCACCCAGGGAGAGCCUCUCUUUCUACCUUCCUUCUUUCUCGAUCUCCUUCUGUGCUUGUGUGCUUUUGUGUUUCUUUAUUUCUUUUCCUUUUUUUUCCUUUUUUUUUUUUUUUUGUUACUUAAUUAUAUUCCUAAUCCUGGAUGAAGUUGCUGGAUUCUGCAGCACAAGUCUUCAUGAACAAGCAGCACCGCUCAGAGAUUUCACGGCAUUCAAAGGUCACAGAACUGCCACUAUGGUUAAAUGUCUUGUUUAAUGGUUGAGAGGUGUGGCGAAAUCUUGUUUGAGAACCCCGAUCAGAAUGCCAAAUGUGUUUGCAUGCUGGGAGAUAUACGACUAAGGGGUCAGACGGGGGUUCCUGCUGAACGCCGUGGCUCCUACCCAUUCAUUGACUUCCGCCUACUUAACAAUACAACAUACUCAGGGGAGAUUGGCACCAAGAAAAAGGUGAAAAGACUAUUAAGCUUUCAAAGAUACUUCCAUGCAUCAAGGCUGCUUCGUGGAAUUAUACCACAAGCCCCUCUGCACCUGCUGGAUGAAGACUACCUUGGACAAGCAAGGCACAUGCUCUCCAAAGUGGGAAUGUGGGAUUUUGACAUUUUCUUGUUUGAUCGCUUGACAAAUGGAAACAGCCUGGUAACACUGCUGUGCCACCUCUUCAAUACCCAUGGACUCAUUCACCAUUUCAAGUUAGAUAUGGUGACCUUACACCGAUUUUUAGUCAUGGUUCAAGAAGAUUACCACAGCCAAAACCCGUAUCACAAUGCUGUUCACGCAGCCGACGUCACCCAGGCCAUGCACUGCUACCUGAAAGAGCCAAAGCUCGCCAGCUUCCUCACGCCUCUGGACAUCAUGCUUGGACUGCUGGCUGCAGCAGCACACGAUGUGGACCACCCAGGGGUGAACCAGCCAUUUUUGAUAAAAACUAACCACCAUCUUGCCAACCUAUAUCAGAAUAUGUCUGUGCUGGAGAAUCACCACUGGCGAUCUACAAUUGGCAUGCUUCGAGAAUCAAGGCUUCUUGCUCACUUGCCAAAGGAAAUGACACAGGAUAUUGAACAGCAGCUGGGCUCCUUGAUCUUGGCAACAGACAUCAACAGGCAGAAUGAAUUUUUGACCAGAUUGAAAGCUCACCUCCACAAUAAAGACUUAAGACUGGAGGAUGCACACGACAGGCACUUUAUGCUUCAGAUCGCCUUGAAGUGUGCUGACAUUUGCAAUCCUUGUAGAAUCUGGGAGAUGAGCAAGCAGUGGAGUGAAAGGGUCUGUGAAGAAUUCUACAGGCAAGGUGAACUUGAACAGAAAUUUGAACUGGAAAUCAGUCCUCUUUGUAAUCAACAGAAAGAUUCCAUCCCUAGUAUACAAAUUGGUUUCAUGAGCUACAUCGUGGAGCCGCUCUUCCGGGAAUGGGCCCAUUUCACGGGUAACAGCACCCUGUCAGAGAACAUGCUGGGCCACCUCGCACACAACAAGGCCCAGUGGAAGAGCCUGUUGCCCAGGCAGCACAGAAGCAGGGGCAGCAGUGGCAGCGGGCCUGACCACGACCACGCAGGCCAAGGGACUGAGAGCGAGGAGCAGGAAGGCGACAGCCCCUAGGGGCCGGCCCAGCUUAGACGCGGAGAGGACGCUCUCCUCCGGCAGGGCCCCCAGAGGGCAGAAGCAGCGUGGAGGGGCCCUCACCCAGCAGCCCAGCCACUUUCUGAGUGUCGUCCUGGGGCUCUUUGGAACGCCACCUUCCUCCCACUUACCUGCCUCCCCUCCUUUUUGCAAAUGUACAGAAGCCAUUUGUCACCUCAGCAUUCGCUGCCGAAAUGAGCAACUCCAUUCAGUAACGUGGGAGCUGAUCCCACCGGCAGGCUCUCCCUGCUCCAGGAGAAGACUAGGAGGAAGAAUGAGGUGCUCCUGCCGUGUCCGCCGUGGCCCCGGGUCGCACCGGAACAGGCAGCAGUUCCUAAGUCCGGAGCGUUUGAGCGUUUGCCAUCUGACUGCUGAUCUGCGUGACAGAAACACCAGCAUAUUUGCAACGCCAAGGAUAUUGGUCUUAAGUGCAAGAGCACAAAUGAGAGUGUGAGAGAAAGUACCUUCUAUUUUAAUAAUAAUUAUUAUAAAAAUAAUAAAUCUUUUUAACUUUUAUAUUUUAUGCACUAGACAAUGGAUCUGCAACUUUGAACUAAGAUCAUUCAAUGUACCCAAACUUGAACAGGGGGUUCAUUGUUUUGCUAUUGACUUUAUUAUGCCACUUUGGGGCAGAGACUUGGCAUCUUCUCAGUUUAAGAAACCACGUUUCCUAUCCAGUCCGAAGGGAAGGUGCUGUACAGUUCAUUCCUUUGCACCAUUAGCCAAUCUGUCUUUUAUGGAUUCCGUGACAUGUUUAUAUUCACCCAUGUACAUUUUCUGUAAAUACCAAACGCUACUGAUUCCCAUGCCAAAAUACAUGAGUAUUAUGGGAUUGCUACCUGUAUAAACAAUGGCACUGUGAACAGAAUACUGUUAGUUUUAAUACAAGAGAAUGCAUUUGUAAAUAUGGUAUAGAGUUUAUUAAUAUACUAUUGUUUGCAGAUAAAGGCCUUAACUUUAAACGUCUUUCAUCUUCUGAAAGCUGCCCGACUUAAAUCCUCAUAGAUGUCUUUCUCAACUGCCUUCCCAUGUUCAUCUGUAUGUUUUCCAGCUAAGGUCACAAACCAAAACUGAAUAAAGUCUUUGAGGAAACAUUUUGGAAACUUCACAUGCAUUCCGCUUGAGACCAUAGUGUUUAAUCUAUGGCACCAAGCAUCGUUUCCUCAGAUUAAUGAGACCCUUCAACAAGCCUGAAUCAGUCACUUUUCAACACAGCGAUGUUUUAACAAGCCAGCUGCUAAGCUUGUGUUUAUGUGACUCUUGUUACAGAACAUGGUGGUGCGUCAGCCUCAUAGGAGACAUAGCAGGUCUCAAAAACCUUCUAUGACCCUGUCAUCUAACCAUCAGGGAAUUCCCUGCUCCCAUGCCACACAUUUGUCUAUUAUGGCUACAGUACCAAAGUACUUUUGGUGUUUGGUUGGUGUGCAUUUCUUUAGUGUCAAUAGUAACUGGAUUUUUCUUUUUCCUUAAUCUCAUGUGAACAACUACCCAAUGUUUAGUUGAAGUUCAUAUUAUUUAAGUAAAGAAAAUAUUUCAGUUUUAUAACAGACUUUACCUUCCUGGCAGGUCAUUGUAGUUAAUUAUGUCUCUAGCUUGGAGUGUCACCUUGGAAUUUCGUUGCCAUUUUUUCUGCAGACACCUGGCCGUAAAAUCAGUUUGUUACAGCAUUCUUCUCUAGGCUGCUAAACGCUGUGCAUUGAACCUUUUCUUUAGAAGUUUCAGCGUAACUAAUGUUAGAUGAAAAUUGUUGAUGCCCCUUUCUUUUUACCUUAAACAAUGUGGUAGUGGGAGAAUGACUGUUUCUGCCACUAUCAACCUGAUCCUCAUGCUGAUAGGAAAUGAGUGCUAGCUGUCAUUCUAAGUGCAACUGUUUUGGAGAUUUUUCUCCUAACAUACAAAGGAAAUACUGAUUGGCCUAUAAUAAGUUCCUAUAGAGAGACUAAGGCUUGCAGAAUUAAGGUUCAGGGGAAAUUUUGGAAAGUUCGUUGUAUUUUCAUUGAAGUAGGAGAGAUUAUCAGAUGGUGCUAAAGAAAGUGUGAAGAUCUUAUGAAAUAGGUGGAUGGUAAGUUGAAAUUAUUGAUGUGGAUAAGAAGGGAGGUUGUGGAAAGUUAACACUAGCUUUGUAUUUUUUUUUCUGUAAAACUGUGAACUGAUAUAUUUUUCUUUAUCACUUUAGUAUUCUGCAGUUCUCAGCUUGGUGAGGCCCCAGAAGAGAGUAUGUCAGAUGUAUUCCUAUUUCCAAACCUAUCUUACUUUGGUUUGAUGGUACAGAUAGGGCUUUUGAACAGUCUAUUUUUAAUGUAUAUGAGGUCAAAUCGAGGAAGGCAAUUGCUGGGGACAAGAAAAGUAAAGGUAGGAAAGAAGAUACUGUUUUAGCUAAUGGGGUUUCUACCUUGGGACUAAAAAAUGGCUUUGUUUAAAUUAUAAUUAUAUAAUAACUUAAAUAAAUGAGAUUGGAGGUGUUCUUAGUAGUUGCGAGUUGAUAGGGCAAAAGUGUUUAUAUUACAAUUAGGUCUUGAAGAAGAGCUCACAGAGAAAAAACUACCAAAUAUCCAAUGGGUAAGCCCAUGAUGUAGCCACUAGUACAAUAAAAAUCUGAAGUACCCAGGAGGCGGAGCUUGCAGUGAGCCGAGAUUGUGCCACUGCACUCCAGCCCGGGCGACAGAGCGAGACUCUGUCUCAAAAAAAAACAAAAAAAAAUAAAAUAAAAUAAAAAUAAAAAUCUGAAGUAAAAUGAGGCAUAAACUUGAUGCAGCUGCCUCCCUCAUUCAACUGGAGAGUUCUUGAGUUCCUCAUUUGUUGGUAAAAAGAAAAAGAAUGUGAAAAUGCCUUUUUUUUUCUUGCCUAUUAUUGGCUCUCUUGCAAUAUUUCAAUAGGAGUCCAAUUACUAGUUAAAACACAGUGGUCGGGCAUGGUGGCUCACACCGGUAAUCCCAGCACUUUGGGAGGCCAAGGUGGGCAGAUCACAAGGUCAGGAGAUCGAGACCAUUCUGGCCAACAUGGUGAAACCCCAUCACUACUAAAAAUAUAAAAAUUAGCUGGGCAUGGCAGUACGUGACUGCAAUCCCAGCUACUCAGGAAGCUGAGGCAGGAGAAUCGCUUGAAUCUGGGAGGUGGAGGUUGUAGUGAGCUGAGAUCGCGCCACUGCACUCCAGCCUGGCGACAGAGCUAGAAUCCGUCUCAAAAAAAAAAAAAAAAAAAAAAAAAAAAAAAACAAACCCACAGCUAUUGGAUCAUCCGUAGAUUUUUUUCUUUGCAAUCUUGUUCUCCUUGUUCAUGGACCAACAAUAGUUGACUCGCCAAGUCUAAUUCUUUCAUUGCUUGAGAAGAAAGGAAUCAAAGGACUGUGUGUAGUAAGCUGAUGGUAAAGUUAAGAUUAAAUUAAGACAGAGAGAAUACAUAUCACUGCCAGGACUGAUAGGAAAAACCUGCUCUUCCUUUUAAUAACAGUGAUGAUAACAGGAUGUUAUUUAUGAAACCCUGACCUACCCAUAACUCCCUGCUAGGCUAAGUAAAAACCAGGCUUUUUCUUCCUGCUUAUGGCUCCCCACAAAGGGACUUGCAGCGUGUCCUGCAACUUUGUCUUCAGAUAGUGCUUCCUACUAAACUAGGACUUGUUUUGUAAUCUUUUCUCGUGUUGAAUCAGAUCUGCCUACUUAUUUAGGUUUGGUUAUGACCUUGUAUCUGACUGUAUUUCUCAUGCUUUGUUCUUUUAAACAAAUCCUUUAAACUGUGUCAUUUUGUAUACACAUGUGAGAUUUGAAAAAAAAAAAAAAAAACCACCUUGUGAGUUUUGCUCAAAAUGUGGCCUAAGUAGCCAUUGGCAUGUCUAGAUGAACAAUUAAAAAUAAAGAUAAUUUCUUUAAAAUAUCACAAGAUGAAAA